GACCACUCGUGUGGAUAAAAAAAAUAUUGUACCUAACGCAGGGUUAAAAACUAUAUGGUAGCAGAGAGAAGUUUUGGAAAAGACUUCUCUUUGAAUAGUGAUUAAAUAAUAUUAAAGGAUAUUUCGAAUUUGAAUCAGGAUUUUCGGAAAUUCUUCGGUACAAAGAACAAUGCAUCUUGUUCGACGUCUUUCAUUGUGCAGAAAGACAUUAGGAAAUAAUUUUGUCAAUUAUUACCGCAGGCGCUACAUCAGAUUUGUAUCAAUGGCUACCUUGUCUUUAUCGUCGUCCAUGGACGAACGUAUGUUGAAGGGAAUACGGAAGGUGGUACCAAAUUUAAUCAACACAAAGUACAAAGGACAAGACGGCAGGAUCGGGAUCUUUGGCGGCAGUGUUGAGUACACGGGAGCGCCGUAUUUCGCAGCGAUGUGCGCCCUAAGAACUGGCGCCGAUCUCGUUCACGUGUUUUGCGCCAAGGACGCUAGCAUUCCUAUCAAGUCAUUUAGUCCCGAGCCAAUAGUUCAUCCGGUCCUGGACCAGGAAAACGCAAUACAGCAGAUAAAACCUUGGCUCGAUCGUCUACACGUUAUCCUGAUUGGGCCUGGACUUGGCAGAGACGAGAAGAUAUUCCAAACAAUCGUUGAAUUAAUAACGAUCUGUCGAGAGACGAGGAAGCCUCUGGUUAUUGACGCGGACGGUUUGUUCCUAGUUUGUCAGAAGCCAGAGAUCGUGAAGGACUAUCCUGGAGUUAUCCUGACGCCUAACGCAAUGGAAUUUAGUCGUCUGCUCAAAGCAGUGUUGGACAAAACUGUUCUACCUGCUUCUGUAGUCAAAGUAGCCGACGUGAAGCACGUGGCGGAGGCUCUCGGGAAGAAUGUAAUAAUUCUGCACAAGGGAGCAAAGGAUGUGAUCGUGGAUGGUCACAAGGGUACCGAGAUCGUGUCAUGUGGAUUGGCUGGUUCUGGAAGGCGAUGCGGUGGACAAGGAGAUCUUUUAGCUGGUGCUCUAACAGUAUUCUGGUGGUGGGCCAUCUCCGCAGGAACCAGCGAAGGCGCCUUGUCGUCUUCAACAGUGGCUUGUUAUGCCGCAUCGAGACUAAUUCGGGAAUGCAAUGCAUCUGCUUUCAAAAUAAAGCAAAGGGGAAUGUUGGCUUCAGACAUGCUGGAACAGAUACAGCCGAUUUUCAACAAGAUCUUUGAAACCUAUUGCGACAGCAAGUAACAUAAGCAUCACAAAUUUUUGUUAUUAAUUACGUUGUUCCUAUAUAGUUCUUUAUUUCAUAAAACGUUAUCUACUAAUAUUAAGUAAAACGAUGUGGACAUGUAUCAAUAUAUUGCUAUUUCAUAUUAUUGUCGAUUUUAGAACUUCUUCGUUUAUUGGAAGAGGUCGAACUCGAAGCACUGAUUCUUGAAGCAUAUACAUUUUAUAAAUUUUUUCGAUUCAUAUAUAAUACAUAAAUUGAAAUAUAUCCAUUCAGAAAACUUAUUUCUGGAAAAUAUAUAUAAUAUAUAUUAAUAUAUAAAUAUACUGGUUUUUUGCAUUUUUUGCGAUUUUGUUAAUAAUUUAAAUAAAUAUUUUUUAUAAAAUUAAA